AUGGUGAUAUCUGAAGCCAUAACGAUUAGUNCACAAGCCUCUCCCCUACAACCGAAUUCACCGAUCCGUAAUACCACCUCGACUACCAAUAGUGAUUUUGUUAAUUGUCUGAGCAGCAACGGCACCUUCUGGAACUCACCACCAUCACUAGACGAGAUGAUUCCGGACUAUUCGGCCCACUCAAUGAAACUAUCGCCUUCUCCGGCGGCGUGUUGUAUUCUUCCAAAUUCUCAUCCUCAAAGCACAACCACACCAAAUCCUUAUCAAUCACCUAAUGUUUCAUUCACACAACANCAGCAGCAGUCGUCAUGCAAUGACACAUACAACAACGACGAUCAUGAAUACAACUUAAUUCAGGAAUUACUGAAACUGAAUAUCGAAGGACCGUCGUUCCUUGCUUCUGAACCGUCACCGAUCGCUUCAUCACAAACUACGCUGAAUCCACAACCGAAAAUCACUCAAAAAAUUGAAUAUAACAUCAAUAAUAGCAGUAAUAUGAAUAUUAAUGAUAGCAACAAUCAUAAUAGCAAUAAUAUUAAUAAUGCCAUGCAAAAUAGUGUCAGCAACGCAAUUCAAGGAAACUAUCAAAAAACCUUCAAUAAUAUCGCUAGUAAUAUGAACAAUGAUAUAAUGUGUAUCACUGAUCCGAACAGCAAUAAAUAUGAUCACAGCAACAGUUUCAAUUCGAUUUGCGAUAAUGUCUGGAGAGCAGCCUUCGAUUCGUCUGGUGCAGCAGCAGCAGCAGCCACGACGACGACGAUGCCUCGUGCCAUAAUCGGACAACGCGCACCACAACCAAGCACCACCACCACCUAUUCAAUGCAGCAGUCAUCUCAGCAAAUCGUCUCUCAUCCUUCGCAAAUCCUGCCGACAAAUCCAUCGCAUACGUCCACCACUCAACAAUCGCCACCUCAACUUCCAAACCAAUCACCACUCCAACUAUCGAAUCUAUCACAAACUCAACGCUCGAAUCCACCCCAGAAACAAUUGCCGAAUCCAUCAUCACAAUCC